AAAAUUUCAAUUCCGAUUCCCGUUUUGCACACGCCGGCCGGCCGGCUGUGUGGGUGUGGGGCCGUGCGCAAGAGCUUCCGCGCGUUGGGGUUCGUGUCGGGGCUAAAGCUUUCGUAAACGGGUCCGUGGCAAUGCGCAGACGCUUGAAAAUCUGGCCACCGUUGGAUACUGGUGGGGGCAGCAGUAGCAGCAGCAGGGUAGCGUGGCUGGUGGGCGGGACUCGUAUGGGAUCCAUUGGACGAUUUCACAGUGCGGCCUGCAGCAAAGACCACGGGCAGAGUUACGGCGGCGGCAGCGACAACGACAACGUUAACAACAAAUUCUGCAACGAAUCGAAGUGCAACGAAAUGCAAGUAACAAUUGCGACGCAAUUGAAGCUCUCCUCAGAUCCUGCAAGCGGCAGGCCACUUUCCCGCAGCUACUAUCGCGGCUUCUAGGCGCCCUCGCCUUCGCCAUCGCCCCAAUGUCUGUAUAAACGAAAGUAUGGCGCUCAAGUAGAACAUUCCACAAGCGGUCGACAGCAAGCAAACAAGCCAGCUCCGCUUCCGCCUCCGCAUCCGCCUCUGCUGUUGCCAGCUCCUGUGUGGAGGAGCCAACCAAUAUCGAAACGAUAUACCACCCACCUCAAUUCGCAGCGAGAGAUGACGGAGCAAAAGAACCAGGUGACGCGUGCUGCACCGGAGCAGAGCAACGACUACCGAGUGGUGGUCUUUGGUGCCGGCGGCGUAGGGAAAAGCUCCUUGGUGCUGAGAUUCAUCAAAGGCACAUUCCGGGAAAGCUACAUUCCGACCAUUGAGGACACCUACAGACAGGUCAUCAGCUGCAAUAAGAAUAUUUGCACGCUGCAAAUAACAGACACAACGGGAUCGCAUCAGUUCCCAGCCAUGCAGCGACUGUCCAUAUCGAAGGGACACGCUUUCAUCCUGGUCUACUCGGUGUGCUCCAAGCAAAGUCUGGAGGAGCUACGGCCCAUCUGGGCGCUAAUAAAAGAGCUCAAGGGCGCCGACAUACCCAACAUUCCCGUCAUGCUGGUGGGCAACAAGUGUGAUGAGACCGCCGAGCUGCGGGAGGUGUCGCAGAUUGAGGGCCAGGCGCAGGCCACCACCUGGAGCAUAUCGUUCAUGGAGACAUCGGCCAAAACCAACCACAAUGUAACCGAGCUGUUUCAGGAGCUCCUCAAUAUGGAGAAAACGCGUACUGUCUCACUGCAAUUGGAUACGAAGAAGCAAAAGAAACAGAAGAAGGAGAAAAAGGCAAAGGAAACGAAUGGCGCCAUACCAGAGAACGGGGAGGCCAGCGCCAGUGCCAGCGGCGGUGCCAAAGAGAAGUGUCGGGUUAUGUAA